AUCAAUCGGUGAUAUUUACUGUCGCCAUGACGAGCGACAAUCGGCCCCCAACCCUGGCUGCCUUUCUAGUGGGAGAUUCUAUAAGAUUCAUUCCAAAUCCAUGGCCAAGAGAUAAGUUCAAGGAGGCCCUUGUCGACACUCUCGAGGCUUUUGGAGAGCCCUGGGUGAUAUGCGAAUGUACACAACAUGGACAAGACUGGCUCACUGUCACUAAAAUUGCCAUGGAGUCCAGACGUGAAUACAUUACAAUGGUAUGCAGCAAACCAAGAAGUUCCAAUCCAAAUGGAGAUACAAGGCCUCAAGACGUCCAUUCUAUUUUGUUGGAAAAGGCAAAAGCUGAAGACAUCAAUGAAACAUUUUGCUUGAUAGGAAUCACAGAAGAAAAAUGUCUGACUGUGUUGUCAAAUGAAAGAGGCUUACCAGACCAGUUUAAUCAGUUGUCUGAUGAAGUGAAGAAGAUAGGUUUUCAUGGAGUACAUGACACAAUGUUGUUCUUAGAGGAGAAGAUAUCGAAAACAAUGGUGACGUCACUGAAAUUAAAUGAAAACGCAGGCAGAGAAUUUAAAAUGAAAAUACCAACACUUGUCAUCGUGGUGGAGGGCGACCUUGCCACAAUCAGACAUGUGGCUGAAGCUGUUCAGAAAGACAUUCCUGUUCUAUUGGUACGUGGAUCGGGCAUGGCAGCUGACCUGAUUGGAUACUGCCUGAAAGAGGAAGACGCCCUAGAAACUCGUGCACCAUUGCUGUUUGGAAUAUGUUUCUCAAAACAAGACUUCGAAUUGCUGGAUACAAAUAUAAAGACUAUUAUAAAACAUAAAAGCAAGGUCACUGAAUUCAACAUUUUGACUGAUAGUGUGACGUCAUUGAAGGACAAAGUAACCGAAAGCGUCAUUCGGGUCUGGGCCCUGGCUCAUGUUAAAGGAGAGGAUACGGCCGCCGACUUCGGGUACAAUCCAACAAAUCCUACUGCUGAUGUCGAUGUUGCCAAUGUCCCAGUACCCGCAACGUAUAUCGGUGGACACAAUCAACACAUGCCGACCAAGUCAAUAUCCGAACACGCUGUUCGCCUUAAAUCCAGUGGACCACAUUCAUCGCCAUCUUCAUCAUCAGAUAUCAAAAGAGAAAUGAAGCCGUCACCAGUUGCACGCUACAUGCUCUACCAGAUAAUUCAGACUAAAAACCCAUUUUUUGCUGUAGCCGAUGAUAACGGACUUGGGAAAAGUCUCUUUGUAUAUGCGCUCAAAGAAGACCUGAGCGAUAUAACGGAGCUACUCAUUGACAAGGGAAUCACACUUGAAUGGGAGGAGGCUAAAAGAAACAAAAAUAGCAAGUCUCUCUAUGAAGAUGGGAAGUCUCUAUAUAUAGAGAUGCUCAACGAACAAGAGAGAUGUACGAAAAAACAGGCGAGUGCGUGUAUUGCAGAUAUUAUACAGGUACGUAAUGUCUAUAUUAUUUUACAGCUUAAAAAAACCCAUAUCUUUUCAAAAAAAAAAGAUGCAUGGAAGGUCGGCUGCAGGAUGAUAUCCUACGAAAUCGGCACCGAGCCAGAAUCCAAGGAGACUAACAUCAUGACGCCAUCUGAUUUACUCUUGUGGGCAGUCUUGACCAACAAUAUGAAGAUGGCGGAGAUAUUUUGGAAGCGUUCCCACGAGCCUAUCCUCACAGCUCUCGUUGCGUGUGCUAUACUAAAGAAGAUGUCAAGGAAAGCACAUCAUUUAAAGGAAAGGGAAAUCGAAGACAAAAUGCUGUUACACUCACGGGUGUUUUGUCAGCGAGCCAUCGAUGUCACUCAAAGGUUUUACGAAGCAAACGAGCAAGAAGCUAUCUUUACGUUAGAACUAGAAAACAAGAAGUCUGUGUGGGGUAUUCGGGACAACGCCCUUGAAUUUUCCCAAACACACAACAUUUUUGCUUUUGCUGCUCAUCACGUUCCUCAAAGAAGCUUUGACAGGAUAUUCUAUGGCGGGGAUUUCCUCCAUCAUCGUGAUUUACAAAAGGAUGAGCAUAAGAAGUUGGAUACCUGUUGGAAGUUUCGGUAUCCUCAUACGGCAGCAUUGUUAGCUACUUUAGUGUGCGCUCCGAUUUCGAAAUUCACUAUCCACUAUAUUUUCUUUAGCUUAUUCCUGGUAUGCCUAAGUGCAUUUGUCAUGACGAACAUCACGUCUGAAAAAUGGCCCAUUGACGAAAAGUCAAUUUAUGAGUAUUGCACGUACAUCUGGCUGUUUGCCGACAUAGUGGAAGAAUAUGGUCCUCCGACAGUCUACACAAUCAAGGAACGCUUGCAUUCGUCACAAUGGAAACGAAGAGCUUGGAAUCAUAUGAACAAUUUUUGGAACGCCAUGGACUUUCUAUCCUACGUAGUUCUGAUCACAGCGAUUUGUGUUCGAUUCCUUCACGAAACUACAGAUUUCGGAAUAUCCAGACGAUUUUACUCCAUUGGUUUAUUCCUCAUGUACAUGCGGUUUCUCCAUGUUUUGCUGAUAAAUAGGAGAAUCGGCCCAACAGUUAUCAUGUUGAAGGAGGGGCUGAAAGAGUUGAUGCGAUUUGUUGUGAUCAUGGCUGUAUUUAUCAUCAGUGCUGGAGUGUUCUACCAUGCCAAUCUGUAUCCGAACCACUACGACAUGUUCUCGACUUUUGGUGUUCGGUAUUGGAGUGUUUGGAAAAGUCAUAUACUUCCCGUACUGGUCGAUAUAUGGCGAGUUCAAAGUGGCGACUCCACGGGUAAUUGCAGUUGCAGUCAAACUGUGUACAUGAAUGACCCGGAAGUGGAGAGGUGUCCUGAAAAAGACUGGAUGGUUUCCCUUAUGUCUGGAUUCUUCGUCCUGAUACUUAACCUGUUACUGGUGAAUCUAAUCAUUGCUAUGUUUAGUUUUCGAUUUGAAGAAAUACAUAAAAACUCAGACCAGUUGUGGCGGUUCCACAGGAGCCAAGUGAUCUUGGAGUUCCGGAAGAGACUCCCUGUACCAUUUAACUUGCUGUUUCGACCGUUUGUGUCUGCCUGUUCAUUGAUAAAAUGUGGAGACGAAGACAGAAAGAAUGACGAAGAUUUGAGAGAUGAACUAGACACAAAACAACAGAUAUUGGCACGUCGAACGAUAUUAUCGGAAAGUGCCGCUCAGGUGUACUUCGACAAAUAAAGGGACCAGAAAGAUUGGGCCGAUUGUACAGGAAUAGAAAGGUUUUAGAGCAACUUUUGAGAUUUAGGGAUUAGGUCACAGGCCGUAAUAAAACAAGACUUUCUGAUGUAUUCAUGGACAUUAGAUCACAUACCAUUCAAUCAAUCAAUCGAAAAAGAGACGCUUUCAAAAUAAGAAAUAUUUAAAUAUAUCUUGUCGUUUAAACGUUCUUAUGGUGUGGUUCUUCAUUGCAUGUAUCUGUAAUACUAUUUUUAAUUUACAUGUAUUGUUUUUAUCAAAUUAUAGACAGGGUAGAAAUAUUGUACUUCGGUGUGUUAAUAUCUAAUAUGUAUACAAGUGUAAUCAUUUGACACAGUCGAAUGAACUCGUAGGAUACGUCACUACUUUUUUUCAGAUUACCCCUUUAAUCAAGUGUGAAUUGUGAUUUAUCCUUCUCAAAGGAGAUAAAAACUAACCUAUUAAUAUGUGUAUUUAAGACUAUCAUCCGGACUUCGUGUGAGAGAAACCACAUGUAUAUAUGUUUAUGUGUAGAUUUAAAUGUGUUACUUUUGUUGAUAUACUUGUGUACUGUAACUAUAGGUCAUUAUCGUCCUUGUUACCUGUAUAAUGAUAUAAAACUUCUGACUGUCUAAUGUAUUGUCAAAAAUAGUUUGUUCUUCCACUGUUACCUGUAUAAUAAUAUGAAAAUUAAAUUUAUAUUGAGAAUCUAUCUUAAGAAUGCGUUUAGGAAAGUUUAAUGAUCCGUUUGAAUUUGCUGUAAUGUUGUGACAUGUUAACCACAGUGUGUUGUGUGUAUAACCACAGUGUGUUGUGUGUAUAACCACAGUGUGUUGUGUGUAUAACCAC